GUUCAGUUUCUCUGUCCAAGCAGAAACUUGAGACUUUGAAGUACACGUUUCUCGCUAGUUGCCAAUUCAACACGCUGAGCAUUGAAUAUUGGCACGCGAAGAAAAAAGUGUCACCACUUAAACUAGGAUGGAGCUAAUGCUCGUAAAGGUGGACUGAUUUACCAAAGCCAAGACCCAUGGCCGAAAUACUAGGAUCCGCGGUUGCAAGUGAGUCCGUGAGCAAAAUUUUCUCGAUCCUAUCCGGUAACCCGAGGGAACCUGGGAGCGAAGAGGACAACGCCGAGAGGUUGGAGUUUGCAGUGCUGAAGAUCCACAGCGUUGUGGCCAUUUCCGAGGACUGGCAGGUGCUCCACCAGCCAUUGCUCAACUGGAAGGCGAGGCUCAAGUGCUUGGCCAAGGAAGGCGACGCCAUGCUCCGCGCCUACAAGAUGAGAUCUUCGAGGAACAAGUCUACUUCCGUUGGCAAGCGCGUUACUGGAGCGGCGAAACGCUUCCUGCCUUUUCGCCGCAGCGUCGCCGACGACAACGAUCCGAACGAUGCGGCGGUGCGGAGGUUCGAGAGGCUAGCAAACAGCGCGGACGAGUUCUUCCGGUACGUGCAGCUUGGCGGCCGCCCGAAGAGCUUGCUGGUGGCCUGCUUCAGAAUUCCCACACAAGAACUACUCGCUGGCAGGACACUUGAGGUCUCCAUGAGGAAAGGCACCGAGGAGGCCCUCCUCUUGCUUCACCCGUGCGAAAUGGUCGAAGCGGGUGGGCCGAAGGAGAUCGUUCUCUUCCUCUCCUGCGACGACACUACGGGGACGGCGUGGGAGAAGAACGUGAAGCUCUCCGUUGUGUUCCAACUGACUGAGCAUGCUAAAGAUAUCUUGGGCAUCGUCAUGUCCUCCUUGGAGCUCCUGCCUCCCCAAUUCGGUGCCGCCUGUGUAACCAUAAGGGAACUCGCCAGGAACAUGCUCACGCAGGAUUCACCUUGUCGCAACGCGUCGGCGAUGUCGGUGUGGUCCGGCGCCACGGCCUGGAAGUGUCACCGUUAUUCCACGGACAAGGGAUUUCUCAAUGGCAACACGCAGCUGCCCUUCCCUAUAAUACGAGUUGCCAUCCUCAGCUUCGCCUUGCCGCAGAACGAUUCAUCCGACAGAGCUGCGGAUCACGGCAUGCCUCUCAAAUUGAUGGGCCAUGUCGCUCCCGGCCUUGUCCCCGAGAGGUACUCCCAUCAAUACCAGCUGAUCGAGGUGGAGACGCUGCAAAAAUUGUUGCCUGCCGUAACAGACGAAGGAGCGGUUGCGUGCAAAGGGUUUUGGUGGUGUCCUCGUAGCUCCACGUAUUUGUCAGUGGUACCGGAGCUGUCGAUGCCACCGCCCACGCUGAAGCAGUUGUACUUAAUGGAAAACUCUGAGGGCGCAGUGUAAUUCUAGCAGAAGCACCAUCACCGACGGCAGCAGCAGUGACUAAUUUCUGGGUAGCAUUUUUCUUACUUCAAUCUGACAGUAAGUUGUAUAUCCUUGGUUCCUGGUCAACGAGUCAUGAAUUCUCACAAAAAACACCGGUUCCUGAUUUGCAAACAAGGAGAUAUGCUUUUAUGUUUAAAUAGCCAUAUGAUAUAAACUAAAGAGAUAAGUGUCCUUUUGGUGCUAACUA